AUGACGAGUGUUUCGCCGAAAUCCUCGCUAGUUAAGCUGGGGCUACAUUCCAAGGCGAAACCUUUCCGAGUGAUGGUUCUCGGUCAGAGUGGUGUGGGGAAAACCGCGAUGGUGGUUCGCUUCAUCACCAAGCGUUUCAUCGGUGAGUACGAUCCAAAGGAAAUGGUCUACUACUUCAAUACGCCGGUGGACAACGAAUUCGUUCAGUUCGAGAUACUGGACACCGCUGGACAACCGAAUGAGGCUGAAUGUAUAGGCCUGGAAACGCACAUCCGGUCGGCGGAUGCCUUCAUCCUGAUGUACUCGGUAGCGGACAAGUGUAGCUUCGACGAGUGCAAUCGGCUCAAAUUUCUCAUCAACUACAACAAGCGAAGGCGGCGGCUCGGGUCGUACAGUAAGGAUGCCCUGCUGGAUGUCCCGGUGAUACUGGUGGGUAACAAAAUCGACCAGAUCGGCGACCGGAUGGUUUCCACCGAGGAAGGCCAACGGCGGGCGAAGGAAAUUUCAUGCGCCUGCUUUCAUGAGAUUUCCGUCCGCGAAAGCAUCGACCAGGUCAGUGGCGUGUUUCGGGAUGCUUGCCGCUUUUGGCGUGUCUUGAACCGUUAUCCGAAGCUGAAGCGGUCCACCAGUGACGUGCACGAUCUGCACUCCGAAGUUGAACUCAUUCUGAGUCCGGAGAGUAUUCUGCCCUUUUGCAACUGUGAUUUGAGCCACGAAAAGCGGAGGUCAAUCGUUGUUUUAGGCCGCCCGUGGACGGAAGAGGAGCCGGAUGAAACGGACGAAUCGGAAUCCAGCUGUUGUUCAUCGCAGAAGUCCGACGUUGACGAACCAUUUCGGGGCAGAGCGUCAACCGAUGGGACUCUUCUGUCACGACCACGGCGCUGGCGUUACACUCCUCCCGGGGUGUUGAUGUCGCACGCCAGGGUCGAACGACGCAUGAGUAUUUCGAUGAGAGGAAGUAAUUCUAGUAAUUAG